UUCACUUGGUUUCCUGCACACAAACAAAACUUUCCUGCAGUCUUUGCCAAUACUGGGCUCCCCUGUGCGUUGACAACCCAAUUUACUGGAUGCUCUGACUUUUUCUAAGGCCAAAAUAAAGGAAGAGUCUCACACUCUAGCAGGAUGUACAGCUUUAUGGGAGGCGGGUUGUUUUGCGCCGGAGUCGGGAAUAUACUCCUCAUCGUCUCCACGGCAACAGACUACUGGAUGCAGUACCGACACUCCAGCAGUUACAUGCACCAGGGCCUGUGGCGGUACUGCGUUCCGGGGAAAUGCAUUGCGCACACAGACAGCAUCGCGUACUGGGAUGCCACUCGGGCCUUCAUGAUUCUCUCCCUGCUGGCUUGUUUUAUCGGCAUCGUGAUUGGCAUCAUGGCCUUCAUCCACUACUCCUCCUUUGACGGCUUUGACAAGACAUUUGCAGCUGGCAUCCUCUUCUUCAUCUCCUGCUUCUUUGUUUUGCUGGCGAUGGCCGUCUACACCGGGGUGACGGUGAACUACUAUGGUAAACGCUAUGGCAACUGGCGGUUCUCCUGGUCUUAUAUCAUGGGCUGGGUGGCAGUGGUGCUCACGUUCUUCUCAGGUAUCUUCUUCAUGUGUGCCUACCGGAUGCACGAAUGCCCAAGAAACUCCAACUCUCGCUGACCGAGCAGAGUUGACGAAAUCUUUACAAGCAGCAACAACAGGGCCUAGACGCGGCCAGGGAUCCAAAGAUCCAUGUGAACCGGAACUAUGAAUAAAGUUCUAUUCAAAACGCUAUGACUAAAAGAAAAAACUGCUAUAACGCCUCUUAAAGAGGACAUGUGCAAAGUUGAAAAUGAUUCUGAAUAAGUUAUUACAAAUGGAGUGCUUUUAAAAAUAUAAAACGAUGUUGAUUCAAAGAGGUUCAUUGUGUCUAUAAAAUUAUACUGCUUAUUUAAAUUAUUUUUUAUCAAUGUAAAAAGUACCAACGUACGUUAUAAAUUACAAAACAAACCAGUGUCUGAUUAAAAAAAAUAAUUUAAAUAAGCAAUAAAACGAUGUUCCCAA